AUGACCGUUCAAACCCCCAAAUCGGCGCAUGUCAACAUGACGGUGGACACCAUUAUUGCCAAUCUUCCGUUUGACGGUCUACGUGCAGUCUUACGUGGUAUGCUGGCAAGUAAGCCCGAUUGCACUGGGACAUUUGAAGAACAAACCGAGAAUUUUAUCCACGAAACGGCUUCCCGCUUUUCCAAAUCUGUCAAUGAAGGAGCCGCCAAUGACUUUUUCCACUCUGAUUCCUCUUUUGAGGAGAUUCGAAAACGUGUUUGCUGUAUGGUCGGCUGCGGACUAUGCUACGAGGCCAUUCCCCUACUUCAGUACCUUGUAGAGCGGGUGUCAGGGAUGAACCUCCAAGACUGCCAUUGCAUCGACCAUGAAUUUGCGGCCUUGGAAGGGCUCAUUGUGCAGACCCUUACUGCUGUCCAAAAGACACUCGUCGUGGUCACUGGCCUAAGGCAGCUGUCUGCCAAAGAGCGAUUGCCACUGAAUGCUUUGCUUCAGUCGCUAGUGACAUGCAAGCUGAGCUGGGAAAGGGUUGAACGCUACUUCCCUUUAGAAAGAGGGCUCGAAGCGACGACAGAUCUUCUUGAACCUUGUGUUGCCUUGGAACUACCGAUAGAUUCAAGUGCUCUCUCUGGUGGAGAGUAUCUCGGUGAUUCCAGAAACAUUCGAUUUGAGCAGCAUCGCAAUCCCUCGAGUCUUUACAGGACUGUGGCAACUUUCCAGCCCCGCCUGGGGAACAGCAUCACGAUCCAAAAUGAUGGAGCAAUUCUCUCGAUAUGUUAA